GGGCGUGACCUCGUACGACCCGGAAAAUUGUUAAGAUCUUUUCAUUGAGUGGAGUAGAGUUGUGCGAGACGUCCUCGAGGAAUGGACGCCACUCAAGCCGUUAACGACUCCUUCGAGUCAGACGAAGAGGAAAAUAAAGAGAAGGCAGACAAUGGGCGGCAACCUUUAGCCAAGCUUCGCAUCUUAAAGAAUGACCACCUUCCUGAAAGAGAAUUUCCCCUGUUCAUGGGGGAUAACGUGCUUGGUCGGGAUGGUUCCGCCUGCACGCUGCCCCUGCCGGCGCCCUCCGUGUCCAAACGGCACGCCUCCAUCCGCAUCACCAUCCAUCAGAGACCAGGAUCCCGCAGCGGAGUGAAUGUCGAGGCCGUGGUCCGGGACUUGGGCAGCAUGAACGGGACCCGCAUCGGUCGCGUCAAGUUGAUCCCCAACAUAUCCUACCCCCUCAGCGAGGGCAACUCUCUGGUCGUGGCUGACAUGCCAUGUCAGUACCUCGGCAUCGGCGAGGUACGCCAAGACGUUGGGGGCUGCCCUGUCAGUUUACAGGGGGAGUCGGUGGAAAAGAGAGAAAGCUGCGAGGAGAGUGCCAGCUGGGCGUCCCGGGCUUCGGCUAAGGUUUCACCACCGAGUCAAGUGAAGAAGAAACCUACACAGAAAAGCUAUUUGUUCCUUGAGACUCCAGUCCAGCUGCGAGGAACUCUGGUCCCAGAGUCAGAGUCGGACUCUGAUGGCGAGAGGCCGGGAAACAGAGAGGCCAGGCGCAAGCUUCAAGGUUCUGAUUCUAUGGCCACCUGCUCAACCUUCUUAAGUCCCACAAACCAAAUAGUCCCUGAAAGUCCCCACUGUGAAGAUGGAACACCCAUCACGUUGUCAUCAUCUCCCAAAGACAAGCCUCACAUACGUGUUGCUUUCAGCAAAGCCGAGCCAGGCGCAGAUGCCGUGGGACAGCGGAAAAAGGACACGCUUGCCUCUGAAUACCACAGUGACGGGGAGGGGCAAGCGGGCGUGGUGGAAACUGGCCAGACACCAGGAAGGGAACAGCUGAAAAGCAAGGCCGGCUUCACAGAGGACGACUUGGCGCAAGUGUCCACAAGCGCCAUCCUUAAAUUGAACAUGGACACGGAGGUGGAGGACGCUGGCCAGGUGGACGCUGCAUGCUUUCACAUGGACAGUGACACAGAUGUGGAUGAAGAUGACACAGGCGCCGCAGGUGCACCUCCCACACGGCCCGAGGGAAGUGGCGCUUGCCCUCACGUGUCACCCCUGGAUAAAAAAGACCAUGCGGCGCCUCUGCUCGACAGUGACACAGAUGUCGACGAGAAGGCUGACGACAGGGAUACGGGACCUUCUGGGCCGGAUGCGAUGGGGCCCGCUUGCCAAUCAGAUGACGAGCCGGCCCUCGCUCUUAACGCGCAAUCAAACGUGACCGAUUCAGCCGCCAGAUUGAACAACGGCCAUGCGGCGCGAGCUGCUCCUCAAUCGUCAGCUGUCCCCUCCGCACCCUCCUCUGACGUCACUCGGUCAGAGUCUGAUGCGGACAAGUCCAGUGCAUCCCCUGCUGACUGGGACACUGAUACCGAUGCGGAAGAAGAGAAAAAUGCCCAAAGUCUUUCAGGGAUAAAAGCGUCCGCUUUACGGUCUCCACAUCUGCAAAAUUGCUCAACCCCCGUGCACCUGUCAGAAGGACAAGUGGAGGAGAUGGAAACCCAAGCCUUUCUUAAACCCUCUCUGGAGCCAUUUGAACGUGGUUUCUACGGUACGGUAAGAUCUGCAGCCGUUCCUCUGUGCUUUGACAGCCAGGAGGAAGAGGAGGACUUUGCUGUGGCCAAGACGCAGUCCUUCGUCCUUCGGCCCAGACGGCCAACCCCAAGCCGCGACGUUGACGCAUUGUCCGGCGAGGACACCAAUGAGCUGCCGAGCGGAGGAGCGUCUUUCCAGCUCGACUUGUCUGACGGCGGCUACCAACAGAGUGCGCCCCAAGCCCGGGCCUGCGUCUCGGAUACCCAAGCUAAUAGCUCCAGUGCAGACGGGAUAGCAUGGAGCAUGGAGCCUACCCAAGCCUACGAGGCACCACAGGUAAAUGUUGCCUUACAAGAAACGCAGGCCUAUGCUUCAGAGCCCGAUAGUGAAUAUGAAGAAGAGCCAAAGGAAGAUGCUGAGACACAAACUUUUGACUCUUUUUCCCUUGCUUUGGCGGAAACCCAACUCGCAGCUGCUUUUCAGGAAGAGGAUCUUUCGACGACAAACACUCCCUUCGCCCCUAUAAAUCCAAACCGGACGGCCAAAACAACAAAUGUGAGCCAAUGUCAUUAUGUUGCUGUGACCAUUGCUGGAUCCCAGCCCAGGUGUACAAGAGAAGCCGUGCAAUCUGUUCCGGUGGUGGGAAAAACAAACUCAAAGCAGCCUCAGCUAGAAGAAGCAACUCAAGCAUUUACGGCCACGGUCAUGGUGGAAAAGCAGGCCCGGGCUGCAAGUCAAACGGAAGAUGAGCCCAUUCUUGAUGAAGCAAUUUGGAGUGGUCGCCGUUUGGCUGCUGAUUGUCAGCCUCUGGGUAUAGCUGCCACUCAGCCCAUGGCUACAAGUGCAAGUGACGAUGAGGAUGCGAGUCCACUUUUGGGUGCCGGAAAAGUCCAGGAAAGUGAUGGCACAAACUGGCAGCACAGCAAAGUGCAACUCGACAGUUUGUGUGUUACAACCCAGCCUCUGACUCAAAAUGAGCACCUGGACAGUGAUGAUGAAGACUUCACUCCAGCCUUCCAUGGAAGCAAAUUACAGCUUGAUCAAGUGAGACAAGCCUAUAUAAUUUCUUACACUUUAGCUGCUAAUCAUCCGUUCACCAGCGUAGCCCUGACCCAGCCCACGGCUUCGCGUGUAACUGACAUUGAAGACUCAAUCGAAGAGGAGCCACAACCCAAUGCCAAUCGUUCUGUUGGAACGCCACCUGCAAGUGUUGCUGCCACCCAGCUGAUGGCUGCAAGUGAACAUGAAGAGGAAUGCUCCAUUCGAGUCUUGCGCGAUCCAGAUCCAGGGAAGAACAGAGCUGAAGGCCAAGAGGGCGGCAAUAAGCUCUCGUCAGGAACUUCAAUGCAAGUGGAAGAAAAGCAGACUCGCCCUAAUCUUGAGGAAGAUAAAUCGGGCCGCGGUCAAGACAAAAAAGAGACUCAGAUGCUCAUGAAUUCCAAAGUUCCUUCAGCUGGAACUCAACCCGUGUACACGUGUGAAGAUGAGCAGGCCGACGGCAUGAUCUUGAGCCCUGGAAUUGUGCGAAUCAGAGAAAAGGACGAGCCAAGGGAAAAAAGACAAACAAGAAGCUACAAAGCUAAAGGAAGGCUGGCAGACUCAAGGCCUGCUGCCAGUGAGCUUGAGGAAGGGGCCACGGGCCAGCACUCUGAACUUCGAGAGGUCCAAGACAGGAAGCAAGAGAGACAACAAGGUAGAAAUGCACAGAGGGAAAGGAAGGAACGCAAAGAAACCAAUCGGUCAAAAACGGUGGAGGAUCAAGAAAGACAUGAGGAACACAAACCGGAUCAAGCACCUCAACCAAACCUAGAGGCAAAAGCAGAGCCCACAGCAAGAGCCCGAAGAGCAACAAGAAGAACCAUCCCUGUUCUUCCCCCAGAAGAUGUCCCGGCUAAGAGGACCAGAUUGCGCUCCAACUCUGUCAGCUCCGAGGUGUCCGCUUCAAGCGGCCGAGGGAACAGAGGCCAAAUGCCCAAGACGUCCAAUGGUACCGAGCAGGACGGUCACGGCACUUCUCCCCUGGGGGCGUUUACCAGAUCCAGCUCCUCAAACUCCCUCGUUCCGGACAUGUCUUGCGACAGCCUCGGCUCUUUGAGCGGAACAGGAGGCGGACAACGAGGAAGUAGGCGCAGAACGAAACCCAGGCCCAGUACGGUCCCACCUGUCUUCAGGCAGAAUCCCGCUCCAAGGCCUUCGCAGAGGGGCAAGAAGGCAAACGUGUUCCUUGCUGCGCUUUGUGAUGAAAAGGAUGAGAAGCCAAAAUCAAAACAGGCAACUGCCACAACGAAGCGUAGGCGAGCAAAUGAACCCUUGUCAAGGGAGGGGAACAACUCCGCUGGUGAAUCUCCCCUACCAAAAAGAAACAUCAGGGGCAAAGUUCACAAGACUGUAAAAAGCAAAGCCUUCGAGGCUCUGGAAACUCCCCUGGGCAGCGAUCAAGUGGAAGCCAAAGACCAGGCGGGAGGAGCAAAGAGAGUGUUGAAGGCAGAAGUGCAAGAUGAGAAUCCCGUUUCAGUCCAAGCCAAGAGAAGAGCCAAAGCGUCGUCUGCUCAGAGGGACAGCAAAGCCAAGGAAUCACCGCCUGACGCCGCCUGCCAGGAUGGAAAUGUGUCAUCUUCUGGUGGAGGUGUCCAGCCUCGCACACCUAUCGGCAGCAAGAGGCAAACGCCAGACGCUCGCAUGAAAUCCUUUCCUGUGACAGCGAGGUGCCGACCGCCUGAAGCGAGCCGCACGUAUAAGGUGCUGUUCACGGGUGUGGUGGACCUAACCGGGGAGAAGAUGCUGGGUCGUUUGGGAGGCUUCCUGGCCAACGGCACCGCCGACAUGAACUGCCUGGUUACCGACAAGGUGCGCAGGACUGUCAAGUUCAUGUGCGCUGCAGCCAGAGGGAUCCCCAUCGUCAACAUAUGCUGGCUGGACGAGAGCGCUAAAGCCGGGAGCUUCCUGCCGCCCGACGCCUUCAUCGUCAGCGAUCCGGAGCAGGAGAAAAAAUUCAAUUUCCGCCUGAGGGAGUCUCUGAGGCUUGCCGGCAGCCAGCCUCUCUUACAGGGCUACAAGAUCCACGUCACCAAGUCGGUGCAGCCCGAGCCAGCCCAGAUGAGCGAAAUCAUUUCCUGCAGCGGAGCCACAUUCCUCCCGAGGAUGCCUUCCUCACACAAGCCUCACACGGUGGUGAUCUCUUGCACGGAGGACUGGCCGCUGUGCCGCGCGGCCGUCUUGGCGUCGCUGCCGAUCGUCUCGGCCGAGUUCGUCCUCUCUGGAAUCCUGCAGCACAAACUGGACUUUGAUGCUCACAAGCUGUCCGACCCGCCGCCACGGCCCAAUGACGGCAGACGGCGGAGCAGUCGGCUCACGUAGCCUGCGGAAUACUGUAACAACGUGGACUCUUUGAAAAAGAGACCGCAAAGAAUUGACAGCAUCAGAGCUGAGCACAAAAGGUUGUAGGCCUUCCAAGAAAUGUCAAGUGGAAGCCACCUUUUGCGACAUGUGUCGAAUAGUGUUUGGACAGCAACGACGACUUUCAACGCAGCGUCAGGGAGGGAAAAAUAUUCAAAACAUUCUGCCUGUAAUUCUUACGUGUUAAGGGACCAAAAGGAAGGUGUUUUAUUCAAUCUGAUUUUUUAAAAAUGAAUCGUUCAUUAGAAUGGUAUUCUGCUGGCCUCCCCAAAAAUCCAUAUCAGCAAAGACGAUUGCUUGAUUGACUUUCAUUUUAAUGAUUUCCCCUUCUUUUUUUUCGUAUGUGUGCCGGCUUUUCCAGGCGAUGUGAAGCUUGACAUGGCGACCGUUGCUUCCAGCGCUUGCUUGCUUGUUGGCGUCUACAUUGGACAACAACCGCAGCCCAUAAUCGCCUGCUUUCGGUCGCCAUGUGAGUACGUUUUAAAACAAGCCGGAUGGGAAUAAUGAGCCAUUUAUCCCCAUCACCUCAUCCUCACCAUGCUGAGUGGGAAUUAGCGGCACUUCAACGGCUCGUACCACCUCAGUUGAGUCAAUCAUGUUUGCGGAGCGCAACAAUUUUUUAAAAAAAGUACUGGGAAGCCGUCCGGCUGGAUGAGGCAAAGGCUCAUGUUUCCUGGUAUCCUUUUUAAUAUGCUGAGAUGAUAAUGAGCGUAGCAGAGUGUCCUCCCAUCUCCAUUAACGACCGGACAACAUUCCAUUAAGGCCUCAUCUUCUCCUCUUAGCUCCUCAGAGCAGAGUCGGCAGCUUCUGUAUUUGUAAGAAUCCGUUUUCACUCGUCAUCAGUAUCUUGCAUGCGCUUUGUCCUUGUCCGUCUCAUCAAAUAUAUGCCUUCAAUGCUCAUCAGCGGCAGGGAAACACGUGUUGUGGGGUUUGAGGUAAAUUAACUGUAUAACAAGCAAAUCCAAUAAAUGCUCAAAUGGC